GGAAAUAUACUAUUGGACUUGGGCAAGAUUGCAUGGUUUUUUGUACUGAAGUAGAAGAUGUCAUUUCAAUGAGUUUGACGGUAGUUUCUUCUCUUCUUGAGAAGUAUCAAAUCGAUCCUAAAAGCAUUGGUCGUUUGGAAGUUGGUAGUGAAACUGUGAUAGACAAAAGCAAAUCCAUCAAGACAUUCCUCAUGCAGAUCUUUGAGAAACAUGGAAACACUGAUAUUGAGGGUGUUGAUUCAACUAAUGCUUGCUAUGGAGGAACUGCUGCUUUGUUCAAUUGUGUCAACUGGGUGGAGAGCAGCUCAUGGGAUGGACGCUAUGGAUUGGUCGUUUGCACCGACAGUGCUGUCUAUGCUGAAGGACCUGCUCGGCCUACUGGUGGAGCUGCUGCUAUUGCCAUGCUAAUCGGUCCUGAUGCUCCCAUUGCUUUCGAAAGCAAAUUGAGGGCAAGUCAUAUGUCACAUGUGUAUGAUUUUUACAAGCCUAAUCUUGCAAGUGAAUAUCCGGUAGUUGAUGGGAAACUUUCUCAAACAUGUUAUCUUAUGGCUCUUGAUUCUUGCUAUAAUCAGCUCAGCAAAAAACACGAGAAUCUUGAGGGAAAACAAUUUUCUAUUUCUAAUGCUGAUUAUUUUGUAUUUCACUCUCCCUAUAAUAAGCUUGUACAGAAAAGUUUUGCUCGUUUGGUAUUCAACGACAUCUUGAAGAAUCCCAGCUUGAUGGGUGAAACGGCUAAAGAAAGGCUUGCACCAUUUGUAACACUAUCUAGUGAAGAAAGCUAUCAAAGUCGGGAUCUAGAGAAGGUAUCCCAGCAGGUUGCGAAACCUCUGUAUGAUGAAAAGGUGCAACCAAGCACUUUGAUACCGAAACAAAUUGGCAACACAUACACUGCAUCGCUCUAUGCAGCCUUUAUUUCGCUUCUUCACAACAAAAAUAGCACACUGGCCAGUAAGAGGGUGAUAUUAUUCUCAUAUGGAAGUGGCUUGACUUCUACAAUGUUCUCUUUACAAAUAAAUGAAGGUCAACAUCCAUUUAGCUUGUCAAACAUUGCUAAAGUGUUGGACAUUGCUGCAAAACUGAAGUCAAGGCAUGAGUUCCCUCCAGCUAAAUUUGUCGAAACUUUGAAGUUAAUGGAGCAUAGGUAUGGUGGCAAAGAGUUUGUAACAAGUAAGGACAUUAGCCUUCUAUCUCCUGGAACUUACUAUCUCACUGAAGUAGACUCCAUGUAUCGAAGAUUCUACGAACAGAAAUUUAGUAAAACUGCAGAAUAUGGUGCGGUUGCCAAUGGUCACUGAUGUUAUCAAUCAUAUAGAAGACAAAACAAUGUUGAAUGCCUGCAAAAUUGGGAAUCGCUUAACAUUUAGAAUUUGUGUCCUUAGUUUGCAUUAAUUUUUGUAUGGCAUUACCUAGUGCUAAUCUUGUUUGUUCAAAUAUGUUUUACCAUGUGUUUACUUUAGAAUCCGAAUAAUUUCACAGGAGAAGGAUCAUGAGCAGUUAAAAAAUUCAACUGCACAGGUUCCAUGUUGUGUUUGUUCAACUUUGUAAUUUUAUACUUUAUAUUUGCUUAAAAUGAGACAUAUGCUACUCUGAA